AUGGCUUUCAUGCGCCCGCAACUCUUGCACCGAGGCCUUGCCAGCGGCCUUGCCAGCUUGCAGCGGCCCCUCAGCUCCCUCGGCUCGGUUCCAGCGCUUCCAGAGAGGCAGAUUUUCCAGAGCAUUUCGGCUGACUCCGUAAAGGCACUCAGGAGGACACCUGCAGGCGUCUGGCAGGAAGCCGACGCCGCCCUGCCAUGGAAAUCAGGGCCUUCUGCUGGCUUGCGCUUCGUUCUGCCAGGUCCUGAGCUGCCCGAGGAAAGACUCACGGAGUUGGAUGGACGUCUGCAGAAGCCUGCAAUGGAGGCUUUGAACACACGGAAGGAUUUCCGCCGGUGGAAGCGGCGACGAAAGCAGGAUGGUGGUCGGAACCGCCACUUCCGCCUCAAGUACGGCUGUGUAGCCACAAGUUACCAGGUGUCCCGAAGAUCGGGAGCCGAGCGAGAUCCAGUCCUCGUAGAGUGGAAGGGUUUUUUUGUUGCAAUGGCGCAUGCGGAGUGGGACCUGUGGGGCCGCCUGGAGAAGAUAGUUCAGGACGGCAGUUACAUGUCUGCAAACGAGGCACCCAAAGGCCGUGCCACACGAGCGAACUACGACGUCGCAAAAGCACGAAGCCAAAGCACACAACGGACGCGAAAAAGACACCGCUCAGUUCUUGCCAGCGGCGCCAUGGCCUUUGCCAUGGACAGCGGUGGGCAGAAAUCGAAGUCGCACCUCCUGGACGAUUACUACAGAGCGAAAGCUCCGACCGAGAGCCAGGAGGUCGAGACUCGCGUCCAGAAGCUCAUCUCCCUCUCCAGGAGCCGCUCUCCAAGUGCUUUCAAAGAGAAGAAAGAAAGAACCGAGUCCAAGGAUGCGAAGGCCAAGAAGGGCAAGGAGAGCAAACCGAAGGCAGAUGAGGAGGCCCACGUUCUGGGCGCUUGGCUUCAAGAUGAGCACGUCCUGGAGCUCCUAAAGCUGCACGCGGAUGGCAAGAAGAAGGGCCCGCCCGAAAUGUCCCAGACGAAAGCCAAAGACAAGGGCACUGGCAAGACCAUGCCAGCGGAACCAAAGCAUGAUGCCACCAUGGCAAUUCCGAUAGAGUUCACGGCACUGAAGGGCUUGGUCCAGAAAGCCGAUGCUUCCGAGCUCUCCGCGCAGCUGGCGCGCGCGCCCUUGGCCUGGGAGUUCCUCCUGGCCUUCGGAGCAAAGAAGCCCUUCUACAGGUCACACCUCUGCCAAGUGGUCGAGGCCUUGCUGGCACAGCCCAGGUGGCGGGAGGUUUAUGCCAGCAGCCAGGAGCUGCAAGAGAAGGCAGCCGAUCCUGCGCUUCACGCGGACAUCAAGAAGGCCUUGGCUGCGGUGCCAGCUGCGCCUGCCGCCGUGGCCGUGGCCACCAAGAAGGCUGAGAAGCCACGAGCAGGAGGUCCGAGCAAAGAUGUGGAGUGGCCGAGCUGGGAAGUGCUCCAGGAGGUGGUACAAAAGGAGACCUUCAUGGCUGCCAACGAGGAGUUUCGGGUUCUGAGGCUAGCUGUGCUUGCGGCAGAUCCCGUGCAACUGGCCAGUCAGGUGGCGCACGCACCAAUGGUGUGGGAGUUCAUCGCCGGGUUCGCCGCGAAAAAGUCGCACUUCAGGUCCCAGGUGGUGGAAGUGACCAACGCUUUGCGGAAGGAACGUGGCUGGGAUGAAGCCCUCGAGGCUGCCCAGCCUUCCCUGCGCAGCCGCAUCAACGAGUUACCUGAAGCGGCUUCAGCUGUGCGGGGGCAACUGAGUCGUGCCGACCAGUCUCCCGCAGCUUCGGGCGGAGACUCCAGUCUCGGCGAUGUCGGCGAGGAGGAGCACCAGACCCCCUACACAAGUCCUGACUUCCAGUCCCUGGAGGAAAGGCCACAAGUACUGGAAACUCGUAGCACAGAGAGCUUGAUGGUCAGCGGGAAGCAUCGGAUUUGUGACCAGCUUUUCCCAGAGUGCGCAUUGGGGUCCGGCUGCAGGGGCCAAUUCCCGGGACAUGCAAGUGAAGGAAAUAUUCUAUUGCCUGCGCCGCCGCGCCUUGCACGCAUUCAAGGCACGAUGUACCGCCUCGCUGCAUUGUGCCUAGCCCUGGCUGCCGGCGAGGACACCGCGGCGACCCGGCCGGUGGCCUUCAUGACCUUCAAGCCGGCUCAGGGAAGCCAUGGCGAAAACGUGGGCUGCGUGGGAACCUCGCCGGCAGACGUCGGGCCCGCCUACUACGAGGAGUCUUACGGCUGCUCUUCGCUGGACGUGUGCAAGACCAAGUGCAUCUACAACGUGAAGUGUGUAGGCAUCGAGUACAGUGAGGGAGACGACGGCCGCUGCAGGGUCUGGACCCGCCAAGAGGGCAUCGGAGGUACGGUCCCCUUGACGAAUUACGUUUGCCUGCAGUACAGCCACAACUUGCCGGCAGGCGAGUAUUGCUGGAGCUUCUUGCGUGUCGGGGGCAACGGUGGGCCGGGAACACCUGACAAAUACAAGUGCCUCGAGACUGCCAAGCUCGGCGACGGUCGCCGACUUCUCAUGUGA